AUGACGAGGGAUUGCACCCAAAUUGAACAACAAAAAGGUAGAAAACUAGCCAUUAGCUCAACCGGAUCCAUCCUAAAACCGGGCAAUACUGCGAGGCCUGUUGCCACUAGAGACACAAUGAGACAGGGAAGAGUCUUUGCACUUGUCCCAGGUGACACAUGGAAUACUGAAGCUAUUGUCUCAGGUAAUUUGUCGGUCAAGACAAGGAUGUCGCCCAACUGCUACCAGGAGCCCAUUAAUAAAGAGUUUAAUAUGCGACAGAGAAGAUGGCUCGAACCAAUAAAAGAUUAUGAUCUUCAAAUUCAGUAUCACCUUGGGAAAGCCAACACAAUUGUUGAUGCCUUGAGCAGAAAAUCGAUAGGAAGUUUAGCUUGCCUACUUACUAAACAGAAAGAAAUCUUGCAAGAUUUUGAGAAAUCUGAAAUUGAAGUAAUAUCACAUGAGCAGAAUGAGUGGAUAGCUGCCAUAUCAGUCGAGCCAACAAUCAUUAAUGAGAUUAAACAAAAACAAAAGGGGGAUGAAGUCCUCAAAAAGAUAGUUGAUGAAUUUGAAACAAAUCCAAAAUCGAGAUAUAGUGUUGAAAAUGAAGUGUUGAAAUUUCAAAACAGAUUGUGUGUUCCAAAUAUUCCUGAAAGAGGAGAAUUCUCGAUGAAACCCAUAAAUCGAUGUUUGCUAUGCAUCCAGGGUCAAGUGCAAGGAUGA